UUAUAUGACUAGCACCUGUCUUCAGCCCUGGUUUGCAUACAUUUUGCCUCGCUAUACCAGUCCAACAGGAAUAAGAAACAUUCACAACAUAAUCAACUACUUACCUGUCACUAACCCUGUCAGACAUUCAGUUAUCCGAGUGAACAAGGACACAAAACCUAAUGCAAAAAUGAUGAAACUCCUUAAAACUGCUAACAUCUUUCGUCUCGUGUUGGCUGGCCUCUUAAUAAUGGGACUGAUUUAUUUGUGCUACAUCUCCACCUCACUCAGAUAUGCCAAAGAAGACCAAAGACUCUACCUCAAAGGAGAAAGAGAGCACCAGAACAACUUUCAGUGGAAAAUGCCACAAGGCAGAGAAAGAGAGCACCAGGACAACUUUCAGUUGAAAAUGCCACAAGGAGGAGAAAGAGUGCACCAGAACAACUUUCAGUUGAAAAUGCCACAAGGGCUUUCAUACGAUCAGCCCCGUGUACUGGGCCCAGAUGGCAAAGGUAUUCCCUUGUCACCAUGGUUAGCCCCAAUCGUAUGGGAAGGAACAUUCGAUCCCAUAUUGAUUGAUUCGAUCUACAAACAACAAAACUUAACCAUAGCAACUACAGUCUUCGCUCUUGGGAAACUCAUUUAUUUGUGCUACAUCUCCACCUCACUCAGAUAUCCCAAAGAAGACCAAAAAAUCUGCCUCAAAGGAGAAAGAGAGCACCAGGACAACUUUCAGUUGCAAAUAUCACAAGGGCUUUCAUACAAUCAGCCCCGUGUACUGGGCCCAGAUGGCAAAGGUAUUCCCUUGUCACCAUGGUUAGCCCCAAUCGUAUGGGAAGGAACAUUCGAUCCCACGUUGAUUGAUUCGAUCUACAAACAACAAAACUUAACCAUAGUAACUACAGUCUUCGCUCUUGGGAAAUACACACGGUUUCUUAAAGAUUUCCUGGAGUCUGCAGAGCAGAAUUACUUUGUUGGAUUUCAUGUGCAUUAUUAUAUAUUCACUGAUGAACCAGAACAGGUUCCUGCAGUGGAACUGGGUGAAGGCCAUCAUCUGACUGUGAUAAAAGUCCCUAGUUCUAACAGAUGGCAGGAUAUCAGUUUAAGCAGGAUGAAAAGACUGGAGAAACUGCUUGAGAGUCCAUUUGUCAAUGAAGCCGACUAUGUUUUCAGCCUUGAUGUGGACUCAAAGUUCUAUGGUCGUUGGGGAGUAGAGACUUUGGGUCGCCUAGUAGGUGUGAUACAUGCAUGGUUUUAUGGUUCCUCUCGUGAACAAUUCACAUAUGAACGCAGGCCAGAGUCUCAAGCAUUCAUUCCUUACUCUGAGGGUGAUUAUUAUUAUGGUGGAGCUGUGAUCGGUGGCUUAGUGAAAGAUGUAUAUCAGCUUGCUAAAACCUGCCGGGAGCAGCUGGAGAUUGAUGCAUCUAAAUCCAUUGAGGCGGUAUGGCAGGAGGAGUCUCAUUUGAACAAGUACUUCCUUUAUAACAAACCCAGUAAAUUGCUUUCACCCGAGUAUCUGUGGGAUGACAGUAAAUCUAAACCAGAAGAGCUCAAAGUCAUUCGAUUCUCUCAAGUUCUUAAAAACUAUGCUGAAAUUCGUCCAAACCCUUAGCAGCUGAUACCAGAAACAUGGAUAUUAUUUGUACUUUAUUUGAUCAAAUAUUUAGUCAUGGAGUUUUAGUUUGUUUUUCUUCAGUCACAUGUUUCCCGCCUGAGUUUGUCACUGUGUUUACUGAUAUUAGUCAUUCUGUUCAGCAGGGAAAGUUUGGGUCUCAUUUCUUGGUUUUAUCUUGAUGUUUGGUGUGAAUAUUUAGAUCUGGUGACUUUGGUCAUAAAUUUUUAGUUUAGCUCACGGGCAGCAUUUAAAUACGACUACCUGAAGUGGUUGUGUACAUUUUGGAACUUUUUAUUUAAAAAAACAAAAAAAUUCUGUCUACAAAGUCGAAUGGAUUGCAAAAACUUUGAAUCUCCUCUCUCUCUCUCUCUCUCUCUCUCUCUCUCUCUAUAUAUAUAUAUAUAUAUAUAUGUAAAAUUCAGAGAGAACCUCAUAUUUCCUAGGGGACGAUAUGCAAAAUGGCAAUGCAUUUCUGCAUUUAAAUUUACAUUUUCCACACCAUAUGUGCAACCUUUUGAGUGUAAAUACAAUUGAGAAAAAAAAUUUCAAUGAUGAUUUUACUAUUUUUUUUGCUUGAACAUGCUAAACAUAUAUUAUCAUUUCUGUAAUACAUUUUUAUUUUAAUUUUGCAACUUAUAAAGCGUUAACAUAUAAUUUAAACAUAUAUUUUAACUUGUGUAGGAAAUAGCAAAUGUAAAUUAUAUUAUUGAAUUUAAAUGAUCAUUUUGCUCCAAAGGUUGUACAUAUGGUAUGGAAAAUGUAAAUUUAAAAAUGGAAAUACGUGGCCAUUUUGAAUAUUACAUUUCAAAUUGAAUAUUGCUACAAAUAUGCUUCCAUAUUCUGUCCUCUGAUUGAUAGUUCAUACUGUUUUUUUUAAUCAAGUAAAGUCUGUUUUUCUCAUAAAUUUUUAAUGGUUUUUAUAAGGUAAAUGUAAAAUAAUCAUACACUGUACUGAAGCAGCUUGGGUUUACUUGAUCAUUCAUGCAUCAUUUAAAAAAAAAAAAAAAAAAAGCUUUUAUGGGUCAUAUAUACAAAUCAAUGAUAACUGAGAGACGGACAAAUAAAUGUUCUCCAAAAGUAUGUUGUCAUAUCCGACAUUUACAUUAACAUGAAAAAAUGUAAAAAAAAAAAUCAAAAUAAAAAAGAAAUAAAUCAUUUUUAACAUUAAAAAAUUUAAUUUUUAACAUUAAAAAAAUUAUGCAUGAAUAAUCAAGGAAACCCAAGAUACAUUUACAUUUACUUUAUAAAAAUCAUUAAAGAUUUCUGAGCAAAACAUUCUUUUUCCAGUGAAUUUAUACCACCAAACGGGCAACGUAUCCUGGGAGAUACGAAUAUUAAAAUAUUUUUACUUUUAUACACUAAAAAGUUGGCCAAGUAAUAUUGAAAUAGUACAAUUACAAGUAUACUACUACAACAUAAAAAUAUACUUGAACUUUACUUAAUAAAAUGAACUUAAAGUAUA